CAGCGCUGCGGGGAGCUCCACUGUCCUGAUCCCCCUGUAAUAGCUGCCCCAUGGACAAGGGGGCUCGGAUUGCCGCCCCGCCUCCCCAGGGUGCUGGGAAACGAUUCCACCCCCACCCUGGUAACACCCCAGUUUGGCCCGCGGAGGUAGGACAAGGGGGUCCCAUCCCCACCCCCGGAACCUGACCCUGGCUGGGAGCUGGGACCUGCCUCACACAUGCUAACCUGGCCGCAUGGAGGAGAGGGCAGUGCUGGAAACCCUGCCGCACAGCACGCAGCUCAGCCCCCAGAGAGGGAUGCCACUAGGUGGGGAAACUGAGGCACAUCAGCUGGGCCCAGGUCCCCACCAUGCACCCCAGCCUGGGUCCAGCCAGCCCCAGCCCCAAGACCCUGGGGCCCAUGGGCACCCCUUGACCCCCUCUCUGUCACCAGGUCCCUCCACCCUGUCACCAGGCAUGGCGAAUGUGAGCGUGUCUGACGCCUUCUCCUGCUAUGACCCAACCAUCGUAGGCUACCGCUACGUGGCCGUGGCCUGGGGCUCAGUGGUGAGCGUGGUGGGCACAGUGGGCAACAUCCUGACCCUGCUCGCGCUGGUGUCCGAGCCGGGGCUGCGCACGGGGCUCAAUGUGCUGGUGGCGAACCUGGCACUGGCCGACUUACUGUACUGCACCGGGCUGCAGCCCUUCUCUGUGGACUCCUACCUGUGGCUGCACUGGCGGGGAGGUGCCACGGCCUGCCAGGCCUUUGGCCUGCUGCUCUUCGUGGCCAACGCCACCUCUGUGCUCACCUUGUGCCUUGUGGCCAUUAGCCGCUACCUGCUCAUUGCCGGCUCCCCACGCUCUGCCCGACUCUUCGCCCGUCGCCGUGUGGCCCUGGCGGCUGCCGGUGCCACGUGGGCCGUGGCCCUGGUCAGCUUUGCCCCACUGUGGCCCGUCUAUGGGUUCGUGCCCAAGGUCUGCACCUGCAGCUUCCACCGGGAGCGGAGCCGGCCCUACAGCACAGUGCUGCUGGGCCUCUACUUCAUCGUUGGCUUGGGCUGCGUGGGUGCCUUCUACUUCCUCAUCUACCGGCGCGUGCGUGCCACGGCGCAGGCCCUGCGGCGCUACCAACGAAGCCUGCGUGGGGGCCAGGCCGGCGUGCCGGGGCAGUACCAUGAGAUGGAAAGCGGCACGGACACGGGCAUCACGCAGUCAUCCAGCGAUGCUGCCACGGGCCACAGCGCCGUGCAGCAGUCAUGCGCUGUGGCGCCCCCACCACGGCCCCGUGAACCUGGCGCCGGUGGCGGCAAGGAGGCAGCAGGGGUGACGCGCAUGUGUUUUGCGGUGUUUGCCGUGUUCGUGCUGAGCUAUGCGCCCUUCCUAGCCGUGACGGCAGGCGAUGCGCGGGCUGUUGCACCCACCGGCCUGCACAUGGCGGCCGCGCAGCUCACGUGGCUCAACAGCUGCAUCAACCCCUUGCUCUACGCUGUCAUGAACCGGCGUUUCCGCCAUGCCUACCGCACCUUGCUGCAGGCGGGGCCCCGGCGCCUCUGUGGGCUGUGGGGGGCCUGAGACCACAGCUCCUGCCCCCAGAGCUGCCAGCUGGAUACGUGGCCGUCAGUUGGGCCCAGGAAGGCCCGUGGGAGCCUCCCUGUGCCCAGCAGGACACCCAGGGCUGCCCCUCCUGCCCCAGCCCGUGGUGGCAGAGCUUCAAGGGGUAGCAGAGCGGCAGGGGUUGAGCAGAGCUUGUUUCAAUAAAGAGACCCCCCACACAUUUUGAACCGUGCCUGUGGCUUGUUGCUGAGCACUGCAGCCAUACAUGGCCCUGCCUGGGGUCCCUACUCGGCUGGGCCCUGGCCGGAGCAGGGAAAGGGGAAGCCUGGGACUGGGCUGGACUCAAAGCUGGCAGGGGAGAGCGGGCAGGGAGAGACGUGGCCACAGCCGUGGCAGGUGGGAGGGGCACCGGCAGGGCUGGGGUCAGGGGGCUGCAGUCAAGAGUGAGGGGCACCAGCAGGGCUGUUACCCCUGUGGCAGUGGAUGCCCAGGACCACCCUGAGGCCCCACGGCCGAGGCCUGCCUUUGUCCUGGGGCAUCAUGGCUUGUUGCAUCACUUCCUUCCCUUCCCGGAGCUUCACGCUGACUCAGGCGCUGGGACAGCCCCAGCUCCGGCAGCCCCUGCCCGGGGCCGUGAGCAGGCGCCUGUGGGUGGAAGUGCCACGUGCCGGGCAUCCACGUCCCUGCAGAGCCCAGCCCUGCCCAUACCUCCAGAACCCGAGGACAUGGCAUGGGACAGGCCCUAACAUAGGCCUGGCAGGGUUCAGAGGCCCUGCCCCAGCAGGUCACGCAUGUGCAAACACCUGCACACACAUGUGCACAUGGUGCUGCUGUUAGGGCUCCGGCCCCUGAAGGGCUGGGGGUGCUGAGGGGCUGGAGCAAGGGCACCAGUGAGCUGGGAGCAAGCCCAAUGGCUGCCCCAGCUCCAAGGGGGAACACCCAGGAGUCCAGGAGACUGGCCCCUGGCACCUGCCUUGCCAGGGCCCUCUGCCAGCCAGACCAGACAGCGUGGGUACCGACCACCUGGCGUCUCCCCAGCUCUGAGAAGUGGGGUCGGGGGGCCGGAUGCCUGGGUUCCCCCGGCUCCAGGGCGCAGGGCCGGAGCCCAGAUACCUGGUUUUUCCUGGCCUGGUGCCCAUGGCGUCCUGGCUCCCUGGACCUCCUCCUGGAGCUGGGGUCUCCAUGGAGAUGCCCAGGGUGGUGAGGGGGGCACAACCUUGUAAAUCUGUCAGAUGGGACAGAAAGACAUCACCCCCCUCCACACUGAUGCCGGCAAGGACACGGGGGAGGAGGGGGGGGCACUGGGCAGGCUGCCUUGGCUGGCACUAAGGGGCUGGCAUGGCCAUCCCAAGCCGAAGCCCCACCCAUGCCUUAAAUCUCCCCCCGGGCAGUUCCUAGGCAGCCCCCACAGAUUUAAUUAAGGCUGAUUCAUGGGGCUGAGACCUUUGCCUGACAGCCCCCCCCCAUCACUGACUCGCCCUUUCCCACCCCCCCCCUGGGCCCCCGCUGGGUUGGGAGGGCAAGGAGGGGCUGAGGGGUGCUCCCCCAGCAGGAGUCCUGAACCUGCGACCCCCACUUCUUCAGGCUGGCCGGUGCCCCUUGCUCCCAAACUGCAGCACCCUGCCCACCUCCACUGGUGCCCCUCACUCCUGACCCACAGCCCCAUCCCAACAUGCUUGCCUGUGCCCCU